AUGCAGGAAUUCUGGGAGAACUCCAGCCUCCUGGAUAACCACAUCUGCUCCAGGUGCACCGAGCAGCAGCUCCUCAGAGAACAUGAGCUGCAUCUUGGUGGCCUUCAGCUCAUACAGGAAACUGAGGAGGUGGUAGAUAGGAGCUACAGGGAGGUAGUCAGCCCUCAGCUGCAGGAGGCAGGCCUUGCUUUGCGCGGAGACACGCAUGCGCAGCGGCUGCUCCGGGAGGAGCGAUGGCGCUCUGCGGGACGGGACGCCGACCCUGACCCACGCGUGGCGCGUCUCGCACAGCCGCUGGGGAUGCUGCGAUGUGUCGUGUCACGCCGGCUGUGGGCGGCAGCCGCGCCGCUGGCGAGUCGCAACUGCUGGCGGGUCACGGCUGCGGCCGCCGCGCCCGAUCGGAGGAGCAGCGGCCUGUCAGCGGCGAGGUUGGUGGGGCUGACGCCGCCGCUCGUACAGCCUUACCUGAGGCUGAUGCGGGUGGACAAGCCCACCGGGACCUGGUUGUUGUAUUUGCCUUGUACCUGGAGUAUUGGCUUAGCAGCAGAGCCAGGAUGCCUUCCGGACCUGUCCAUGCUUACCCUCUUUGGAACAGGGGCACUGUUAAUGAGAGGAGCUGGGUGUACAAUCAAUGACAUGUGGGAUAAAGACAUAGAUAGAAAGGUUGUUAGAACUGAAAGUCGGCCCAUAGCUGCUGGAGAAAUCAGUCACUUUCAGGCCCUCGUGUUUUUAGGUGGUCAGCUGAGCCUAGCACUUGCUGUUCUUUUGUGUCUAAAUUAUUACAGUAUUGCACUUGGAGCUGCAUCACUGGGUCUCGUGGUCACCUACCCUCUGAUGAAGAGGCUAACUUAUUGGCCGCAGUUAGUUCUGGGACUUACAAUAAACUGGGGAGCACUUUUAGGUUGGUCUGCUGUGAAGGGUUCCUGUGAUUGGUCAAUCUGUCUACCGCUUUAUAUUUCUGGUGUAAUGUGGACAUUGAUAUAUGACACAAUUUAUGCACAUCAGGAUAAAGCAGAUGAUACUCUGAUAGGAGUGAAAUCAACUGCACUGAAGUUUCAAGAACAGACCAAGCAAUGGCUAAUGGGAUUUAGUACUGUCAUGCUGACAGGAUUGACAGUGGUAGGAGUAAACAGUGAACAAACAUUGCCCUACUAUACAGCUGUGGUAGCUGUUGGAACUCAUCUAGCCUAUCAGAUUUACUCAUUGGACAUAAACAGUCCUCAAGACUGCUGGAAGAAAUUCUGUUUGAAUCGCACAUUGGGACUAAUACUGUUUUCUGGAAUUGUGUUUGGAAAUUUGUGGAAAGGAAAGACAAAGACUGCUGAAGCAGAAAAGGCGCAGAGCUGAUGUGACUUAUCAGAAUCUGCAUGCCAGAAGCUAAAAUAUUAUAGUAAAACAGAUAAAGAAACUUUAAUAUCAUACCUUUACUACCUUCGUAUAAUUUGGAUAUGAAUGAGUACAGAUACUUAUAAUAAGUACAAGUUCUAUGUUAUUUCAGAGAAAUAAUAAAAUUAUUCUACAUUCA